AAUGCCCGCAUGCCGCCACACCACAGUCGCCACGUUCGUGGUUGGUAGAGUAGCGCGAGAGUUUUCUAGGGUUUAUCUCUCCAGCGAGUCGUCCCUUAACUCCUUCCAUAUUCACCAUUGGAUCAAUUCUAUAUAGAAAGUCACUCACAGUUGGAAUCAAAUUCUCAAUUGAUCAAUUGUUUGAUUCCAUUUGCCUUUUUAGGGAUUUAUUCGCCCAUCUUUGGUAGUUCAAUCUCCAUGAUCGUUCGUUUCCCAUGGACCCUUCUGUGCAUAACGCUCCAACAGUCGACGAAGAUGACGAGUGGGACACCGAUGGGUUUGUGAUCCCAAGCUUGGGAAUUGAAGACCUAAAUCAAAGCACAACAAAUGCUCCACUAGUAGAAGACUCGAAACACACAAUCAAAGAUAAGAAGGAAGAGCAUAUAUAUCUUGGACCUCAUGGAGCUCCUCCUUCACAAGCAAAACAGGAUGUAAACUAUUCUGGACGCAAACAGAGGUUCAAGCAGAAGUUGAAGGAUGCAGAUGAGAGAAUUGGUGGGGGUGGGGGUGGGUCUGGAAGAGAAAACAAGCUGGAAAAUCUAAGAGAUCUUGUGGGUGGUGGAAAGAUGCCUGUUAUCGCGCCCAAGAGUUCCAAUAGGGAUUGGCUAGACCCGCAUUGUCACGAGUCUCAGUUUGAAAAGCGAUACACAUCAUAGAAAUUUGAUUACUAAAAACUAAAAACCAUAGGCAUAGUGUCUCGAAAGAUACAGGCCAUCAUAUUCAUGCCUUAUUUAAAGCUUUUUUUAAGUUUUAACAGAA